AUGACGAGUUUAAUAAAGACAGAAAAAAGCUCAUCCUCUCCUUCUACAUCUCCCUCACUUCCAGUAUCUGUUAGUCAAGCUCCAUUUGCAACACUUUCCACUACUCUACAAGAUGAUUCGAACACUGCUUUGGGUAAACUGAUGGAGCAGUACAAUCGUCUGAAAUCAGAUGGUGAACGAGUAAUGAUCACAAGCGAUGUACAGUAUGCUGCUUAUCCAACUUGGACUACAUCACCAAAUUGGUGGGAUACAACAUCAACCUUCACUGCGUUCUCUUACGCUCCAGAAACUGCUGCGACAGCUUAUCCACCUUACUUAGCUACUCCAUUGAAUAUUCUGCAAGCAGCAGCGGUACCUGUUACUUCAGCCUCCGCAACGUUAAACCCUCGUUUGCUCCGUCAGAAUGCUCCAAACAGCACAACGACCAGCGCUCCAACGGCAAAUAAGUACAGUUCUCGAGGAAACUGUGAGUGCCCAAAUUGUGCGGAAGCUGAACGUAUCGGAAUCAACAAUGUUCCGAUGAAGAAACGUAACAUUCACAGUUGUCAUAUUCGUGGUUGUGGAAAAGUUUAUAAUAAAAGCAGUCACUUAAAAGCCCAUCUUAGAUGGCAUAGUGGUGAAAGACCACCAGUUAAGAAAGCUGCCCGGUAA